ACGACCUCGCUUCUUACUCUCCCUUUUGCUGCUCUCUCGGGUUUUGUCUGCGGACUCUCAUCGUUCACCAUGGCCGGAAUCGCUGAAGUCAUUUACCAAUCCAUCAUCCGCAGAAACGCCGUCUUCAUGGCCGGCAUCUUCUCUGGUGCUUUCGCAUUCGAGAUUGCCUUUGACUCGGCCUCGAACAAGAUCUGGGACACCGUCAACCGCGGCCGGCAAUGGAAGGACAUCAAGCCUAUGUACCUUAACAAGGCGGAAGAGGAUGAGGACGACGAGUAA